AUGUCCGCGGUCACUUCGGAACUUGCCUUCUCUCCGGAGACCUACACUGGUCCAACCUCGAUUAUCGCCGAAGCAAUGAGUGACACAACCCAUCUUGAUUGUUUCGAUAUGGAAUUUCAAAUGGAUAGAAUAGGAUCAUCACCCCAGGCUAUUCGCUCGAUCCUGGAUCGUCUUCGGAAGGGUUCAAAAUUCGUGACUAUGUAUGCAAGGUUCACCAAUGUGCCACCAGAUGUGGCGAAAUUGAAAUUCUCGAAGGCAUGUCACCAGAUGUAUAACCCGGAAACAAGAGCCAUGAUCAUCACCUUGCCAGGAAGGCCUCACGAUGCUGUUGCAAUGGAGUUUACGUCACAAUUCAUCGUUGCUACGUUUCUUUCGAAUAUGAAAAACACACUUUGGUCGCUGUCAAGCGCAAGAGUAGAAGGCACCCGAUGCUCGAAAGAACCAGAUGGAUCGUGGAUUCCGAAAGAUCUGCCUGCAAGUCGAAACGACACCUGGCCCACUAUCGUGUUAGAAGUCGGAGUCUCCGAGUCAUUAAACAAGUUACGAGCGGACGCUGCUUGGUGGUUAUCGAACUCCAAGGGAGACGUAAAUUUGGUGAUCAUCAUUUCCAUCAACCAAGCUGUCGCCGAAGUCACCUUCGAGUCUAUUGUACUCCAACAACCGCCCACUUAUAUGCGGAACGGUCAGCGCCAAUACCGACCUCACACCCGUCAGUCAAUUGUCGUAUCCCGAGCGCCAAGUAGCCCUGGCCAGCCUAUAAAUACAGUACCAAACACCCUACCGCUAAAGAUCUUGUUCGAAGAAGUUCUUUGCCGACCUCCUCAGCCACCAGAGACCGACCCCGUGAUCUCUAUUUCCUCCCUAGAGGAGAUUGCAAGUGCUGCAUGGCGUUGGCAAGGCCUUUGA